AUGUUGCGCCGCGCCACCGCCCUCUUGACCCGACCUGUGAUCUCCCUCCGGGCCCGACCCUUCUCCACGGAUGUCUCAGAAACUCCAGUAGCCGACACGUCGUUUUAUGAUGCUUGGAAGAAAGUGAUCCCAACCUUAGAGCCACCCCACACCCCAUUGACUUUCAUGAAGCCUCGGCCUCCAACUCCAUCUUCGAUCCCUACUAAGCUCACUGUCAACUUUGUGCUGCCUUAUAACUCGGAGCUUGCAGCCAAAGAGGUUGACAUGGUAAUCAUACCAGCAAGCACUGGGCACAUGGGUGUUCUUCCUGGACAUGUAGCAACAAUUGCAGAGUUGAAACCUGGGGUCCUAUCAGUACACGAAGGAAAUGAUGUGACAAAGUAUUUCGUCAGCAGUGGUUUUGCAUUCAUCCAUGCGAACUCUUAUGCAGAUAUAAUUGCUGUAGAAGCUGUCCCUCUUGAUCGUGUCGAUGCAAGUCUUGUCCAGAAGGGGCUUGCAGAGUUCACCCAGAAGCUCAGCUCAGCUUCGACUGACUUGGAGAAAGCUGAAGCUCAGAUUGGAGUUGAUGUGCAUAGUGCCCUCAAUGCUGCCCUCACGGGCUAG